ACACCUCCGGCGGGGAAGGGCCGCUUCGCUUUACGGCAGCGCCCGCCGGCGGGAGGAGGAAGGAGCGCCGCUUUCCACGUGGGGCCGGCGCCCGGCGCGACCCGGCGGCGCCGCCAUGAAGCGGCCCAAGCUGAAGAAAGCGAGCAAGCGGCUGAGCUGCCACAAGCGCUACAAGAUCCAGAAGAAGAUCAGAGAACAUCACCGAAAACUCAGAAAGGAGGCCAAAAAACGUGGACGCAAAAAGCCCAAGAAAGAUCCAGGGAUUCCCAGUGCUGCACCAUUUAAGGAAGAGCUUCUACGUGAAGCAGAGCAAAGGAAGCAGAGGCUUGAAGAACUAAAACAAAAGCAGAAGCUUGACAGACAGAAGGAACUUGAAAAAAAGAGAAAGCUUGAUGCUAAGAAGAAUGCAGCCAAAAUGAAGGAAAAAACAGAGGGAAAGGAAUCCUCUAGAAAAUCUGAAGCAAAGACUAACAAGCUGCUGGAUAAAAAUUCAAAGAAAUCAUUUUGCAGGGAGCUCAGGAAGGUGAUUGAGGCCUCAGAUGUGGUUCUAGAAGUUUUGGAUGCAAGAGAUCCAUUGGGCUGUCGGUGUCCUCAACUGGAGCAAGCUGUUUGCUCUGGAGGAGACAAAAAGCUAUUGUUGGUUCUGAACAAAAUUGAUUUGGUGCCAAAGGAGAACUUAGAGAAAUGGUUGAAUUAUUUGAAGAAUGAAUUUCCAACAGUUGCUUUUAAAUCAGCAACACUGCUUAAGGACAGGACUAUGCAGGAGAAAGUCACAAAAAGAAGCGCACAUAUUGAUUUAACUAGAAACACUGAAUGUUUUGGAAACGAAGGCCUUUUGAAACUUCUUCAAGAGCACUGCAAGACUCAAAACAAAGCCAUUCAGGUUGGGGUAGUAGGUUUCCCUAAUGUGGGGAAGAGCAGCAUAAUCAAUAGUCUUAAAGGAGCUCGUGCUUGCAAUGUUGGCCCAGCAAGAGGUGUUACCAAGUCCAUGCAAAUUGUGCACAUUGAUAAACAGAUGAAGAUUUUAGACAGUCCAGGUAUUGUUGCAGAUCUUUCCAACAAUGCCCUGGCUCUGGCUAUGAGAAGCAUCAUAGACACUGGAGAAUCAGGCUUGGCAAAUGUACUCGAAGGAAUAGAUGCCAUCCUAAAUCACUGCAGUAAACAGCAGGUAAUGCUGUUCUACAGUAUCCCAGAUUUCAGGAAUACUGAGGAGUUUUUAACUUUACUUGCUCAGAAGAGGGGUAUGCUGAAAAAGGGAGGUGUUCCUGACACAGAGAAUGUAGCUAAAUUACUGCUUUGUGACUGGACAGGAGCUAAAAUAAGCUACCACUCUCAACCUCCGGAAUAUCAGAGACCGCCACCAUAUCUUACAGAAGACAAAAUAGCAGAAAUGCAGAAAGGUUUUAAUUUAAAAAAGCUAGAAGAAGAAAACACCACCACUGUUACAGCUCUAAAGUACCCCAAUCUGGCAAGCAGCAUCGCUUUCCAGUCAGCAGGUAUGACAGAUGGGACAAUAGAGGAAAAUAAAGUGUUAGAGGAAGCAUCAGAGCAUGAGAAUUUGGAAACAGGUGAGGAGGGGGAAGAGGAAGAGGAGGAGGAAGAGAAUUUCACUGAAAGUGAUGAUGAUCUAGACAACAUGGAAGCAGCAGAACAGAACAUCAAAGAGGAAAAUGACAUUCAGGGGAUCAGGAAAACAAACCUUGGAAAACAACAGCCAAGAUGUACAAAUCCAGAAAAGCAGAUAGCAGCAGGCACGCAUUCCAAUACACUACCAUUCAGCUUGGAUAAGAUGGCAGAUGAAGAUGAUGCCUAUGAUUUUAAUACUGACUAUGUGUAAUGAGGAAUGGGCAAAGACAUGGCUUGGCGACUAUUCCUGCCUUUUGAAGCAGCCAUAAAGACAUCUGGUAUAGCAGAAGUUAGAUGAAUGCUGUAUAUCAAAAUUGCUGCAAAAAUUCAAAUUUGUUACUGUGUGAAAUAGUGUAUAUAAUACUGUAUCUCCUGUGAUAGUUUCAGAUUUUAUACAUUUCUAGGAACUGAGCCCUUGUUCAGCUUUAAGUCCUAUACUUUAGUUCCUGUAAAAAAAAAAAAAAAAAAGUCAUUUUUCUGUGCUUUAUAUAUUAAAAAAAAAAAAAAGUUUCCAAAAGGCUAAAUGCUUUGUCUUUUUCUGUGAAAAACCACAUGAUUAAAUACAUAGUUCCAGUCAUGUUUGAACAAUUCAGUUCCAGGUAAGUCUUCAUCCUCCUUUCAUCAAAUAUAAUUAUUUUUAUAGAGGUUUACAAAUUCUGCAUCGCAACAGAACAUGACUUAGGUCAGCAAGUUUUCAGUAUGCUUUUUUGAAACUGUAGGACUUUCAUACAUAAAGGUUAGCUAGAGAAUGCUCCUUACUUCAGUUAAGCAUGCAGCAUUUUAUCUAAUCAGUGCUUUAUACAGAUUAUAGCUUCACUGGGAAAGGUAACUGCGAUUAUGAAAAUAGAAAUCUGUCUUCACUAGGGAGAGAGCUCCUUGUUCUUCUGAUAAUCUUGAACGAAAGAGAUAUGACCUAAUGCCACCUAUUGUAAAUGCUAACACCUGGUAACUGUAAAACAAAACACAUUACAGCACUCAGCCUCUAGCAGAACUCAGGUAGCAAGAGAACUAUUGAUCAGUUUUUCUGAAAGAGAGGCCCUGCAGCUGCUCAACCAAUAAAACAGAGUAAAUGCCUGACACCAAG